AGCCUGUAGAGACGAUCCAGAGUCACGGAAAGCUCAGACCCGUCACCUCUGGACCUUCUCGCCUUCCUGACUCUCAAACGCACAACAAGGCGGGAGUCAGCAACGGCACCGGAUCACAGAGGAACAAUCAGCCGCGCUCCCCCGACGUCAAAGUGCAGAAGUGCUUCAUCUGUGUGACGGGAAUGACCUGCACCUCCUGUGUGUCCAACAUAGAGAAGAACCUGCUCAAACACAAGGGAAUCCUCUCGGUGUUGGUUUCUCUGAUGGCGGGAAAAGCUGAGGUGAAAUAUGACUCAGACGCCACAGACGCCAACGCUGUAACUCAGCUCAUCGAGGACUUGGGCUUUGGGGCCAAGUUGAUGGAAGACAACGCAGUUUCACACGGGAAGCUCGACCUCUCAAUAACAGGUAUGACCUGCGCAUCGUGCGUCCACAACAUCGAGUCCGAGCUCACCACGACCAAAGGGAUCCUCGGGGCCUCCGUCGCUCUCGCCACCAAAAAAGCACAGAUCCAGUUUGACCCCGAGGUGCUCGGAGCUCGAGAUAUCAUCAAGGUCAUUCAGAGUCUUGGAUUUGAGGCCAGUCCGGAGAAGCAGGGAUUCAAAGGCAACCUCGACCACUCAGAAGAAAUUAGACAAUGGAGAGGCUCCUUCCUGCUCAGCCUCGUCUUCGGCCUCCCCGUCAUGGGCCUCAUGAUCUACAUGAUGGUGAUGGACAGUCAGCACAGCCAACACGGAGGCUCCAUGCCCGAGGAGCAGAACGUGCUGCCGGGCCUCUCCCUCCUCAACCUGGCGUUUUUCCUGCUCUGUACACCUGUGCAGAUCUUCGGAGGCCGGUACUUCUACAUCCAGGCGUACCGCUCGUUAAAACACCGCACAACCAACAUGGACGUGCUGAUCGUGUUGGCCACCUCCAUCGCCUACAUCUACUCCUGUGUGGUCCUCGUCGUAGCCAUGGCCGAGCGAGCCAGCCAGAGCCCCGUCACCUUUUUCGACACGCCGCCCAUGCUGUUUGUGUUCAUCGCUCUGGGUCGGUGGUUGGAGCAUGUUGCAAAGAGUAAAACCUCGGAGGCUUUGGCCAAGCUGAUGUCACUUCAAGCCACCGACGCCACUGUCGUCAUUCUAGGACCCAACUUCUCCAUCGUCAGUGAGGAGCAGGUGGUGGUGGAGCUGGUCCAGCGGGGCGAUGUGGUGAAGGUCUCUCCAGGAGGGAAGUUCCCGGUCGAUGGGAAAGUGAUCGAGGGAAGCUCCAUGGCAGACGAGUCCUUGAUCACAGGUGAGCCGAUGCCUGUUAGUAAGAAGGUGGGUAGUUUGGUGAUCGCCGGCUCCAUCAACGCUCACGGUGCUCUGCUGGUGGAGGCGACUCAUGUGGGCAACGACACAACUCUGUCUCAAAUAGUCAAACUGGUGGAAGAGGCACAGACGUCCAAGGCUCCCAUCCAGCAGUUUGCAGACAGACUCAGCGGAUACUUUGUGCCCUUCAUCGUCCUCGUCUCUCUGAUCACCCUCGUGGCCUGGAUGGCGAUCGGAUUCAUCAAUUUUGAAAUAGUGAAGGCAAACUUCCCGGGUUACAACCAGAACAUCUCCGACGCGGAGGUCAUCGUGCGCUUCGCCUUCCAGGCGUCCAUCACGGUUCUGUCCAUUGCCUGCCCCUGCUCUCUGGGCCUGGCAACCCCGACUGCUGUCAUGGUGGGCACAGGUGUCGGAGCUCAGAACGGGAUCCUCAUCAAAGGAGGCGAGCCGCUGGAGAUGGCCCACAAGAUCCGAGUGGUGAUGUUCGAUAAGACCGGUACGAUCACAAACGGCGUUCCUCGGGUGACCCGUGUGCUGGUGUUGUGGGAGAUGGCGCGUAUGCCCCUGAGAAAGAUCCUGGCAGUGGUGGGCACAGCGGAGGCCAGCAGCGAGCACCCGCUGGGCAUGGCGGUCGCUAAACACUGCAAAGAGGAGCUGGGCUGUGACGUGCUGGGUUACUGCCAGAACUUCCAGGCGGUGCCCGGCUGUGGGAUCAGCUGCAGAGUGUCCAACGUGGAGCAUCUGCUUCUGCAGCAGAGUGACGAGAGUUUCCUGCUUCCAGGAGCCACCACUGACGAGAGCAGCCUGCUGCCGGAGCCCGAGGCCCCGUCUGCAGGUCAAGGGUUGUUUUUCUCCGUCCUGAUCGGAAACAGAGAGUGGAUGAGGAGGAACGGUCACCACAUCGGAGCAGACGUAGAUGCCGCCAUGUGCAGCCAUGAGACGAAAGGGCAGACCGCCAUCCUGGUGGCCAUAGACGGUGUGCUGUGUGCCAUGUUAGCGAUUGCAGACACAGUGAAAGCCGAGUCGGCGUUAGCGGUGCACACACUCAACAGCAGGGGCAUUGAGGUGGUUAUGAUAACGGGAGACAACAGACGCACGGCCAAAGCCAUCGCGGCACAGGUUGGCAUCAGGAAGGUGUUUGCUGAGGUGCUGCCGUCACAUAAAGUGGCUAAAGUGCAAGAGCUGCAGGAGCAAGGCCUGCGAGUUGCCAUGGUGGGAGACGGUGUUAAUGACUCGCCCGCCCUCGCCCGCGCUGACGUGGGCAUCGCCAUCGGCACGGGGACGGACGUGGCCAUCGAGGCGGCGGAUAUCGUCCUGAUCAGAAACGAUCUGCUGGACGUGGUGGCGAGUAUCGAGCUGUCCAAGAAGACGGUGCGGAGGAUACGCAUCAACUUCGUCUUCGCUCUCAUCUACAACCUUGUGGGAAUUCCAAUCGCUGCCGGUGUCUUUAUGCCUCUUGGUCUCGUGCUUCAACCCUGGAUGGGCUCGGCUGCGAUGGCGGCCUCGUCCGUUUCAGUGGUUCUGUCGUCUUUGCUGCUGAGGAUGUACAAGAAAACCUCCGUGGAGCUGUACGAGACGCGUGCCAGAGGUCAAAUGAAGAGUCUUCGCUCGUCUCAGAUCAGCACACAUCUGGGACGGGACGGCCGCCGGCGGAGCCCCACUCUCCCCACCGCAGCUCGAGUACAUCUGAAUCAAAGCGGCGCGGCGACCCCCAACUUCCCCGGCCAGGGACUGUCCAUUAAGCCCGUCCAGGAGCUGCAGGACCGCUACUCGCUCCUGGACCACCAGACUGCUGACGACCUGAAUUUGUAGUCAGGAGAAAAAGGGAAGAAGGACUGAGGCUCGUUUCUGUCUCGUUCUCAUGUUUACAAAAGCAGUGGAUUUAGUAUUUCUAUGUAUUUAUGUAAAAAGAGAUAAGGAUACUUAAAAGUGCCCUUUUAUUUUUGGCGCUUAUUCAUCUUUAGAAUCGGACUCAAAUCUCAAAGUGCGACUCGUCCUCUGAACCAGUUUUCAUGCCGGACGACAGGUAUAAAACUAAUUAGACAUGUAAACAAAGUUUUCCUUCUUGUCACACAGAUCCUAAG